AGUGCAUUAGAAAAUAAUUAUCAUUUAAAAGAUUUAGUACAAAAAAGUUUCGCUACUUUAUUAUGUCAUCAUUUUGCGACUGCUGUUCUUGCGAUCCAGGAAACGCAACUAACAGGGAUUAAUUUCAGAUCAGUUUAUCUUUGCUGAGAGGAGAAGACGAUGUCUGGAAGCUUUUACUUUGUCAUGGUUGGUCAUCAUGACAAUCCUGUGUUUGAGAUGGAGUUCCUGCCAGCUGGGAAGCCCGAAUCAAAGGAUGAUCAUCGUCACCUAAACCAGUUCAUUGCACAUGCAGCCCUGGAUUUGGUGGAUGAAAAUAUGUGGCUGUCCAACAAUAUGUACUUGAAAACUGUGGACAAAUUCAACGAGUGGUUUGUUUCUGCAUUUGUCACUGCAGGACAUAUAAGAUUCAUCAUGCUGCACGACAUGCGACAAGAAGAUGGAAUCAAAAACUUUUUUAACGACGUCUAUGAUUUAUACAUCAAGUUUGCAAUGAAUCCAUUCUAUGAAAUCAACGCGCCCAUCCGCUCAACUGCUUUUGAGAGGAAAGUCCAGUUCCUUGGGAAGAAGCAUCUCCUGAGUUAAUCACUUCACACAAAAAUUUCAAUAGUGUCUUUAUGUUGUAUAUAGUUAAUACAGUUGUUUCUGUUCUUUAAAAAUCUUCAAUGUGUUCAGAACAAAAGUGGAUUUGUAUAAACAGUGUUUUGCAUUGUG